UCAUCUCGACUCUUUCGCCGUCUCCGUGCCGCCCCCAUCCCUGUAAUGCUCGGGAGGCCAAAACCACUCUCUCGUCUCGCUCUUCAUCUCCUCCGAUCCACCCUUCGCUUCUCCUCCAUCCCCACAUCACUCCAAGCCCUAGCCAUCCCUUCCCCCGCCAACCGCCCCGCCUCGCUUCCUGUUUCCGUUCCCCGGAUCGGCCCCGACUCCUUACGCCUCGUCUCGACCCCCGACGCGGAAUCCAUCUGCUCCUUGCUGUCGGAUCCGCCCUCUGACCGCCCCCGUGUCGUCGAUGGCCUCCUUGUUCGGUUCGAACACAAGCUCACCUCCGACCUCGUGCUGGAAGUUCUCAAGUGCCACCGCCGGCUGGGGAGAUCCGCCACCCUCGGAUUCUUCUCCUGGGCAGGGUUCCGGCUGGGGUUCCGGUUUGAUGACCCCGUGGUGGAGUACAUGGCCGACUUCCUCGGCCGGAGGAAGCUAUUUGAUGACCUCAAGUGGUUGCUGAGGACGGUCGCGCGCAGCAAUGGUCGCGUGUCGACUCGGUCCGUGGCCAUUUGCAUCCGGUUCCUCGGAAGGCAGGGGAGGGUCGGGGAGGCGCUUUCCCUGUUUGAGGUGAUGGAAUUGGAGCUCAAUUGCCCUCCGGACAACCUGGUGAUCAACAAUGUGCUAUAUGUGCUUUGCAAAAAGGAUCUUUCCGGUGGCUUGAUCGAUGUGGCUGUUAGAAUCUUUCAUAGGAUUGUGCAGCCGGACAUGUAUUCGUACAGUAAUAUUAUUAUCGGACUUUGUAGGUUUGGACGAUUGGAGAAUGCAUUUGAAGUGUUCCGGGAGAUGACCCGGGCUACUUUGGUUCCAACAAGGACAGCAUUGAAUAUUCUUGUCAGAGAGCUUUGUGAGUUUGGUGGCAAGGACGAGACGGUAGGGAGAGUUAGCAUUAGGAAACACAGCAGGCCAUUUGAUAUUUUGGUUCCCAAUCUCAUGGCUGAUGGAGUCUUACGACCUGCAGUUGAGGUCUUCCACAUGAUUGCAAGGUUGGGUAUGUUGCCAAGCACUUAUAUUGUGGAUGCACUUGUUUUGAGGCUUUGUCAAGCAGGAAAGAUUGAGGAAGCAAUGGGGAUUCUGGGAGUGGUGGAAGGUAGGAAGCCUAAUUGUGUUGCUGAGAGUUAUACUGUCAUAAUAAAGGCACUGUGCGAGGCUUGUAGAAUGGAUGAAGCUUGUAGGGUGUUAGGAAGAAUGAUGAACCUAGGGCUGAAGCCAAAGCUCGUUGUUUAUAAUUCAAUCAUUCGGGCCUUUUGUAUGUUAGGAAAUGUUGUUGAAGCACAAAAAUAUUUUGAUAUUAUGAACAAGAGGAGGUGUGAGCCAGAUUGUGCAACAUACACUAUGUUAGUCCAUGCAAACUGCAUGAUUCAGAAUUGGCAGAUAGCAUACAAAUUGUUGAUGGAGAUGAUAGGAUUGGGUAUGCGCCCUCAUUUCAACACUUAUAACUUAGUUGAUGGUUUUCUAAAGAAAAAUGGAGAGCUUGAUAUGUCAAAGAAGUUGAAAAGAAAAAUGGAGGUCCAGGACCUAUAUGCUCAUUGCAAAGCUGGUAGGUUGGAGGCUGCUUAUGACAAAUUAAGCUCGAUGCUAGCUACGGGGUUUCAUCCUCCAAUUUACGCAAGAGAUGCAUUUGAAUGUGCAUUUCAAAGGUCUACCAAGUGGGAGAUGGCACAGGAGUUGUUAAAAAAAAUGGAAGUGGAUCAUUCUCCUGUAUAAUGCUCAAGCUAGAAUACAAGUCUAUCUAAAUCACCUACUGGAGAAUGCAUGCCAUGAUCUAUUGUCCAUAUGAUUGACGUUUGAUGAACUUGGUAGCAAUGCAUAUAAUCAA